AUGGAAACACCGCUACCCAUAGCGCCAGAGAAAAGGCAAGUGACCGCCAUUAUUAUCCUAUUAAUACUAUUAAUGCUGUGGGAGGUAGGCGGUAUGACCAUUAAGUAUUCGGUUCUAGAAGAGAGGGAAAGCGGCUCUUUUGUGGCCAACCUUGCAAAAGAUUUGGGGCUUGGUUUAGGGGAGCUGGAUGCCCGAGGUGCCCGGAUUCUUUCGAAAGGAAAUCAACAGUAUUUACAGCUUGAGCAGAAGAGUGGGAAUUUGCUUCUAAAAGAAAAAUUGGACCGGGAAGAGUUGUGCAGUGACAUAGAUCCAUGCAUACUGCAUUUCCAGGUGUUACUAAAAAGCCCAGUGCACUUUAUUCAGGGUGAACUACAGUUACGAGAUGUAAAUGACCAUGCCCCAGAAUUCCUGGAAAAUGAAAUCCUCCUGAAAAUCUCGGAAAGCAGCCAGCCAGGGACUGCAUUUCCUUUGAAAAUAGCUCAAGAUUUAGAUGUGGGCAGUAACACAGUUCAGAACUACACUAUUAGCACCAACUCCCAUUUCCACCUUUUCACUCGAAAUCACAGUGAUGGCAGGAGAUACCCUGAGCUGGUGCUGGACAAAGCGGUGGACCGUGAAGAGCAAUCAGAGCUCAGGUUAAUGCUCACGGCGCUGGAUGGUGGGUCACCACCGAGGACUGGGACUUCUCAGGUUCUCAUUGUAGUCCUGGACAUAAAUGAUAAUGCCCCUGAAUUUGCUCAGCUGCUCUAUGAGGUCCAGGUUCCAGAGAACAGCCCUGUAGGUUCCCUAGUCAUCACCGUGUCUGCUACAGAUUUAGAUACUGGAACCUAUGGAGAGUUCUCCUACUCAUUUUUCCAAUCCUCAAAUCAAGUGAUUCAGGCCUUUGAAGUAAACGCAGUCACAGGGGAAAUUCGAUUAAAAAAACCGUUGGAUUUUGAGGAAAUGCGAUCUUAUCGUAUGGAAAUUGAGGCCUCAGAUGGCGGGGGUCUUUCGGGAAAAUGCAUUAUAGCCAUAGAAGUGAUGGAUGUAAACGACAACACCCCCGAACUGACAAUGUCAGUACUCAUCAAUGAUAUCCCAGAAAACACCCCUGAUACCGUGGUCGCGGUUUUCGGAAUUUCGGAUCCAGACUCCGGAGAAAACGGCAAAAUGAUGUGUUCCAUCCAAGACCAUCUCCCCUUCCUUCUGAAACUAACUGUAGAAAAUUUCUACACCUUGGUAACUGAAGGAGAGCUGGACAGAGAAAGCCAAGCCGAGUACAACAUCACCAUCACCGUCACGGACUUGGGGACCCCCAGGCUGAAAACGCAGCACAACAUCACCGUGACGGUGUCCGACGUCAACGACAACGCCCCCGCCUUCAGCCAAACCACCUACACCCUGCGGGUCCGCGAGAACAACAGCCCCGCCCUGCACCUAGGCAGCGUCAGCGCCACAGACGCAGACUCGGGCGCCAACGCCCACGUCACCUACUCGCUGCUGCCGCCCCAGGACCCGCAGCUGCCCCUGGCCUCCCUGGUGUCCAUCAACGCGGACAACGGGCAGCUGUUCGCGCUCAGGUCCCUGGAUUACGAGGCGCUGCAGGCGUUCGAGUUCGGCGUGCGCGCGGCCGACCGCGGCUCGCCCGCGCUCAGCAGCCAGGCGCGCGUGCGCGUGCUGGUGCUGGACGACAACGACAACUCGCCCUUCGUGCUGUACCCGCCGCAGAACGGCUCUGCGCCCUGCACCGAGCUGGUGCCCAGGGCGGCCGAGGCGGGCUACCUGGUGACCAAGGUGGUGGCGGUGGACGGCGACUCGGGCCAGAACGCCUGGCUGUCGUACCAGCUGCUCAGGGCCACGGAGCCCGGGCUGUUCGGCGUGUGGGCGCACAACGGCGAGGUGCGCACGGCCAGGCUGCUGAGCGAGCGCGACGCCGUCAAGCACAGGCUGGUGGUGCUGGUCAAGGACAAUGGCGAGCCGCCGCGCUCGGCCAGCGUCACGCUGCACGUGCUGCUGGUGGACGGCUUCUCGCAGCCCUACCUGCCGCUCCCGGAGGUGGCGGCGGCCGAGGCGCAGGCCGACCCGCUCACCGUCUACUUGGUCAUCGCCUUGGCGUCCGUGUCGUCGCUCUUCCUGUUCUCGGUGCUGGUGUUCGUGGCGGUGCGGCUGUGCAGGCGGAGCCGGGCGGCGUCUGCGGGUCGCUGCCCGGUGCCCGAGGGCCACUUUCCGGGCCACCUGGUGGACGUCAGCGGCACGGGGACGCUGUCCCAGAGCUACCAGUACGAGGUGUGUCUGCGGGGCGGCUCGGGGACCAGUGAGUUCAAAUUUCUCAAGCCCAUUUUUCCCAACUUGGUGGGUGAAGCAGCUAGUAGGGACACCGAGGAAAACUCUAAUUUUAGAAAUCAUUUUGGGUUCACCUAGGCAUCUCACCUUAAGAGGAGAUAAAUGAUAGUACUAACUAAUGUAUUAUUCGUUUGCAUCCUGUUCAUUCACAUAAGGAGCUGCGUAUCCACACAAUAAUUAUUGUCGUAUUUGUAGGUAUUUCAGCCUAUUGAAGUAUUUUACAUUCUGCAUCUCUCGGUGUUUGCUGUUGUUGUUUUUAGGCAGUUCAUAUUUUGCAUGUUCAGACAAUAGCGGAGAAAUGGUGUAUCUUUUUUGGGGGGGAUAAGAUUUUUGGAGAUUAGAAAUGUUUUCAGGUUCCUGAUGUUUGAGCUUGUUCACUAAUAUCUUGUUAUGGUUAAGAGAAUUGUGUUUUCUGAUUAUCAUUAGCAUAGUGUAUUGUAAAU